GUGUUCUUGGAGACGGUUAUCCGCGAUGCCGUCACCUACACCGAACACGCCAAGAGGAAGACUGUCACAGCCAUGGAUGUUGUGUACGCUCUGAAGAGGCAAGGCCGCACCCUGUACGGCUUCGGCGUUAAAAAAACUAGCAAUGAGCAUCAUGAACAGCUUGUGAAUGAUAUCUUCGAGCGCAUUGCUGCCGAGGCGUCUCGUCUGGCUCACUACAACAAGCGCUCGACCAUAACCAGUCGGGAGAUCCAAACGGCUGUUCGCCUGCUCCUGCCCGGAGAGUUGGCCAAGCACGCCGUCAGUGAGGGAACCAAGGCUGUCACCAAGUACACCAGCCCAAGUAAUUUUCUCUUGCUGCGUAUGGGCAGAAAGAUCCAAAACGGCCCUUUUCAGGGCCACAACACAUUUUACCAAAGAAACUACAUUUUCAAUAUACCAUUUGCCAUCAAAUUCGUGAUAUAA